UCUUGGGAAUUCGGUACAACCAGGUCGGGUUCUUCCUAUUAUAGUUGACGACAUCCACAAGAAUGGACACCAUCAAGGACCAGUCAUCAUGUCGUUAUCUUCGGUUUCACAUGUAAAUUAGUCGAUACACGCCAAAAAACAAACACGGCGAUCCUUUUGCACCCUAUUACUAGCUACUUCCCAUAUUAACUAGCAUAUUCUUCAAGCUCAGGGUUUUCCACCUUCUUCACAAGCCUUGACAGAGGAGAGGGGAGCUUCAGAGAGAAGAGAAAGAUCAAUGUUUAUGGCUGAUGCAUUUGAUGAAUAUUGUGAUUUCCUGUUCAAAGCUGUUCUGAUUGGCGACUCUGGGGUUGGGAAAUCAAAUCUACUCUCCAGGUUUGCAAAAGAUGAAUUCCGAUUGGAUUCCAAGCCCACUGUUGGAGUGGAAUUCGCCUACCGAAAUAUCAAGGUCGGAGAUAAACUCAUCAAAGCUCAGAUAUGGGACACUGCCGGCCAAGAAAGGUUUAGAGCCAUAACAAGCUCAUACUACAGGGGAGCACUGGGAGCACUGCUGGUUUAUGACAUAAGCAGACGAUCGAGCUAUGAGAGUGUGAGAAAAUGGUUGUGGGAGCUCAGAGAAUUUGGGAAGGAGGAUAUGGUGGUCAUUCUGGUGGGAAACAAAUGCGAUUUGGAUCAGUCCAGAGAGGUUGAGAAAGAAGAGGGAAGAGGAUUCGCGGAAACAGAAGGACUGUGUUUCAUGGAGACCUCUGCUCUGCAGAACGUGAAUGUGGAGGAUGCAUUCUUUCAAAUGAUCACCAAGAUCCACGACGUCAUCACUCACAAGAGUCUGGACCCCAAAAUCAACGGUACAGCCAUCAGUAUUCCAAAUGGGAAACAGAUUGCUGUGAUCGAUCAAGUCACGGCAACUAAGCAAUCUAAUUGCUGCUAUACUUCGAGUUGAGACCCCUGCAUUUACAAUAUAUUUCGUGGAGUCUUCAAUACUUUUUUCUCUUACCAAUCUUCUUUCCAUUGCCUUCUCUACCCCUCAUGAUUACUUCUUCUCUUCUAAAUGAUGCACUCAUGACCCAAUUACAGAAUGUAAAUGCAGUUUUUUCUAUCAUAUAUACCCUUUCUUUUGCUGCUCA